AGCGGAGCCCACCACUGAUCGUCCUGACUGCCAAGGCUGCAGGCAGUAGCAACAGGGAAGGACUGGACCGAUGACAGAGACAAAUACAUAUCAAACUUCGUCAUCUGGGGCGCUGGAAAAAGGGAAUUAAGUUUCUUAUCUGCGAACUGGAGUUCUAACCGAAGGCACCGAUUGUGUCGAAUGUUCGCUGGAAGUUUUUUGGGUCGUGAUUCGGUGACGCGACUUCACAGCAUCCAGGAGAAGCUAAACCCUUAGCCUCUGGGCUAACGAAACCGGGGGAGAUUAAUCAUUUCAGUAGAGCGCUGCUGCCCACUUUCAGGGGUUUAAAACUGUUUUAGGCCGAGUGAAAUACACGGCGACGAAAUUUUCGACAUUUGUACCCAAUAGGAUAUUAUUUAGAUUAUUAUUUAAGGUUAUUUCUCCUGUGUUUCUACAUGAAAUAGUGCUUUAGAUUAGCUUAUGCUAAUACGGCUAAAAGUGUUUCCACGUCACCUAACUUUUUCACUACAUCUCUGGAAAUUGUAGGAUUUUAUUUUUUGGCGACUUUAACUUUAAUUUUUCGGCAAUGGUUCGUUAUGAAGAGCAAAGAUAAAGACACUUCACUGCCAAAUUCGCAUAUGUAAGCAUCGACUCACCAGCCGACAACAUGCUAACGUGCUAACUCUGAGUUAGCCGGGCCUCAGUUGGGGAAAAGCUGCUCCUCACUUUAUGUAGGAUUCGUUCAGGUGUUUUAAGAAAAUUAUUAUUAAAUAUAUAUAUAUAUUUGAACUGGACAAGGCAUUUUAGUAGACUUAAUGUUUCCCGGCCUCUUAAUGGAAUACAGCCCAUCUUCUGAAUGACUGAUUGCUUGGGAUCACCUUUGUUGACAUUUACAUACCAUCAGAACUAAAUCUGGUUAUAAACACAUCUGGAAUAACGUGAUCAAUCAAAGAUGAUGUGUGAGGUGAUGCCCACUAUCAGCGAGGCUGAAGGGCCCGGUGGGGGAGUCAGUAGCGGUCGGCGGGGCUCCGGCUCCCCGUUGCAGUCAGACUCAGAGGGUCACUUUGAGUCUCUCAUGGUGUCCAUGCUGGAGGAGCGUGAUCGACUUCUUGAAACAUUGAGGGAGACUCAGGAAAAUCUGGGUUUGACACAGGGCAAACUGCAUGAAGUGAGCCACGAAAGAGAUUCGCUGCAGAGACAACUCAACACUGCCUUACCACAGGAAUUUGCUGCACUAACCAAGGAGGUGAACAUCUGCCGUGAACAGCUUCUUGAGAAAGAGGAAGAGAUUGCGGAGCUGAAGGCAGAGAGAAACAACACAAGACUUCUGUUGGAGCACCUGGAGUGCCUGGUGUCCCGUCAUGAGCGGAGUCUAAGGAUGACGGUAGUGAAGAGGCAAGCCCAGUCUCCAGCAGGAGUCUCUAGUGAAGUGGAGGUCCUCAAAGCCCUGAAGUCACUUUUUGAACACCACAAAGCCCUCGAUGAAAAGGUUAGGGAAAGCCUAGUUGUUGCUUUGGAAAGAGGCAGCGAGUUGGAGGAGCAGCUCACCAUGUCACGCAAAGAACUGGCAUACCUCAGGGAGCAGAGCAUUCAGAAGCGAGGGCUGGCCGAUGGAACCAGCGAGGUCAACCACAACUCUGAAAAUACACCAAGCACAAAUGGCAAGCGGUCAUCCGAUGGUUCGCUGAGUCAGGAGGACGAGUCUUUAUCUGGUUUCGGGAAGGUCGGCGAACUCCAAGAGGUGGUGGACCGCCAGUCGGCCGAUCUGGGCCAGAUGAAAGAGCGCAUGGCUGCUAUGGUGUCGCGUAUUAACGAACUAGAGGAAGACUUGGACACCGCCCGAAAGGACCUCAUCAAGUCUGAAGAUAUAAACACACGGCUGCAGAGAGACCUGAGAGAGUCGUUAGCUCAGAAGGACGACAUGGAGGAGAGGAUCACUACGCUGGAGAAGCGCUACCUAACAGCCCAGAAAAGGGGUUUUUUAAUUUCCCCUAAUGAAUUUUUCCCCUUCAUGUUUUUUUUUUUUUUUUUACAGACUGAGGACAGAAACCGGCAGCUGCAGGAGAAGCUGGAGCUGGCUGAACAGAAGCUCCAGCAGACCAUACGUAAAGCUGAAACACUCCCUGAGGUGGAGGCUGAGCUCGCUCAGAGAGUGGUGGCCCUCACAAAGGCGGAGGAGCGCCAUGGCAAUGUCGAGGAGAGACUAAAGCAGAUGGAGGCUCAGCUCGAGGAGAAGAACCAGGAACUGCUCAGAGCCCGACAGAGAGAAAAGAUGAAUGAGGAGCACAACAAGCGUCUGUCAGAGACAGUGGACAAACUUCUGUCAGAGUCUAAUGAGAGACUUCAGCUGCAUCUCAAAGAGCGAAUGUCAGCCCUGGAAGACAAGAAUUCUCUAAUACGUGAACUGGAUCAUACCAAGAAGUUGGUUGAGGACUCUCAUCAUGAGAAGGAGCAACUCCUAAUCCAGAUUGAGACCUUAAGGGCAGACAAUGACCAGGGUCGGAGCAGGAGUAACUCCUUACUUCAUGGGCGAUCUCAGCUGGGCAGCACACCAGACUUCAGGUAUCCAGUAUCAGCCUCCUCACUCCUGGAUAGUAACUCUGAUCAUUAUGGCAGUGCUCUAGUGCUGAGGCGACCUCAGAAGGGACGAGUGGCUGCGCUGCGGGACGAACCCUCCAAGGUGCAGACAUUGAACGAGCAGGAGUGGGAGCGCAUGCAGCAGGCCAACGUGCUGGCGAACGUGGCCCAGGCCUUCGAGAGUGACAUGGACGCCUCAGACCUGGAGGAGGAUCGAGAGACCAUCUUCAGUUCUGUGGACCUGCUGUCCCCUGCUGGCCAGGCUGAUGCACAGACCCUAGCCUUAAUGCUGCAGGAACAGCUGGAUGCCAUCAACAAUGAAAUAAGAAUGAUUCAAGAAGAGAAGGAGAGUGCAGCCAUCCGCGCAGAGGAAAUUGAAUGUCGCGUUGGUAGUGGCGACAGUCUCGGAGGACGUUUCCGCUCAAUGGGCUCCCUCCCUCCAUCAAUCUGUGCAGGUUCAUCGUUGGGCGGUUCCCCUCCGGGCUCUGGUCAGUCAACCCCCAGACGCAUUCCACGCAGCCCUAACAGAGAGAUGGACCGCAUGGGUGUCAUGACACUGCCUAGUGACCUGCGCAAGCACCGCAGGAAGGCUGCUCAGGACGACAAGGCCACCAUCCAGUGUGAGACGUCCCCACCCACCACUCCACGUUCCAUGCGUCUGAACAGAGAUGCUGGUCAUGCUGCGAGCCAUGAGGACAUUAGAGAUAUACGAGGUCUCGCAGGUCUGCAGGACGGUCAGGGCAGCAAUCCCAGCAGUAGCAACAGUAGCCAGGACUCUCUAAACAAAGCAGCUAAGAAGAAGAGCAUCAAGUCUUCAAUAGGACGUCUCUUUGGGAAGAAGGAGAAGGGACGACUAAGCAUACCUGGCAAGGACUCUCCCAGCCAAGCUGGAACCCCAGAGGCGGAGAACUCUCCUAAAGAUGGUUUAGGAAUGGCCACACUGGGAGGGCAAGCUGAGAAGAAUCGGAAGUUGCAGAAAAAACAUGAAUUACUGGAGGAGGCUCGCAGGCAGGGCCUGCCAUUCGCCCAGUGGGACGGACCGACUGUCGUAGUUUGGCUGGAGUUGUGGGUCGGCAUGCCAGCCUGGUAUGUAGCGGCGUGUCGUGCCAAUGUGAAGAGCGGCGCCAUAAUGUCGGCACUGUCUGACACCGAGAUCCAAAGGGAGAUUGGAAUCAGCAACCCACUCCAUCGUCUGAAACUUCGCUUGGCCAUCCAAGAGAUCAUGUCUCUCACCAGCCCGUCUGCUCCACCCACCUCCAGAACGACGUUGGCGUACGGCGACAUGAACCACGAGUGGAUUGGUAACGAGUGGCUGCCCAGCCUGGGUUUGCCUCAGUACCGCUCCUACUUUAUGGAGUCCCUGGUGGACGCCCGCAUGCUCGAUCACCUCACCAAGAAGGACCUCAGGGGACAGUUGAAGAUGGUGGACAGCUUCCACAGGAACAGUUUUCAGUGCGGAGUGAUGUCUCUGAGGCGGCUCAACUACGACAGGAAGGAGCUGGAGAGGAGGCGAGACGAUUCACAACUGGAGGUCAAAGAUGUUCUGGUGUGGAGUAACGAACGCUUGAUCAGCUGGAUUCAGGCCAUUGGUCUCAAGGAGUACAGCAGCAACCUGUACGAGAGCGGAGUCCACGGAGCCCUGUUGGCCCUCGAUGAAACCUUUGACUACAACACCCUGGCUCUGUUAUUACAGAUCCCAACACAGAACACACAGGCUAGAGCUACUCUGGAGCGCGAAUUUAACAGUCUGAUGGCCGUUGGAACUGAGAGGAGAGUUGAAGAGGAUGAUGAUAAGAACUUUCGUAGAGCUCCAUCGUGGAGGAAGAAGUUCAGGCCCAAAGACAUGAGGGGUGCGUCCCUGGGUGUGUCUGACACACUCCCCGCCAACUUCCGUGUGACCAGCAGCAGCGCCACAUCUCCCUCCACACAGCCAAAGAGGAGCCCGAUGGACGGAAGUCAAUCUAUACAGCGCCUGGACACUGCCACAGUCAGGACCUACUCUUGUUAACACAACGGUAGCCGCUGGUCGGAGGAUGAAGGGGAAUUCCCUGCCUUCAAGACCAGGAUGAUGAACUGAACUCACUAAAGGAAAAGACCCUUCUGUUCUCACAGAGAAAGACCUAACUCAGCAGUCUUAGAGAAAAGGGUCUAGAUUUAUUUACACUUGUUAUAUUUAUGUAAACUGAUGGGACGUUUAAUUGAUUUUUAGAAUUUUAUUGUGUAAUCGUUUUUUUUUUUUUGUUUUUCCUCCUAUUCCCAUGAUACAAUCCUCUUUUCAGACAUUUGAGAAUUUCUCCUUUGUGCCCUUAAUGAGCUCUCAGAGCUCAGUUGCAACCGUCUGGAGUUUGUAUAUUUCUAUCGACAGACAUUUUAUCUAAUCUUUUUUAUAAUCCUGAUUCUAUUGACCAGGUGUAUGUUUUUUUUUUCCUCUUUGAUUUGAAUUCUGAUAAUUGAAAGUAUGCUAAGAAACUUUGAUAUAUGAUAUAACUUAAUGCAUAUCCUCUGCCUUUUUAAUGGUUGUAAUUUUUAUAGCCUAUUUCUUGUGAUCCUUGUGUAAAUGCAGCUCUUAGGUCACAUUGAUGUGUGAAUUUCGGACAAAUUGCUGGACUUUUCUGACUGUUGGACAAACGUGUCAACACUGUGAGUCGUCCACAUCGCCUGUAAAAACACAACUGCUGGUGAGCCAGGGGAUGGAGGCAGCAGAUAUCACAGGAGAAAAACACAGUAUAUAUUUUAUCUUUUUCCUCUAUUUUUCCAUAACUGUGAUACCAAAAUAGAACUCUUCAAAUUGAAAGAAUAAAGCCAUAUACAACUCUAACAGGAUUGGUGGGGAAGUGGGGCACAAAACGGUUUCAUGCGCAGGUGAGAUCAGAAUUCCAGGAUCACUCUUUCUUGCUGUCUCUCUCUCUCUUUCGCUCUAUCUCUCUAUCAACCUCACCUGCGGAAACUCCUACACUAAUCCUCACACACACUACUCCUCACCCAGUGCCCCUUAAACCUUCCGGACUUGUGGAGAAAUACACUCUGGUUCACUCACGUUCACAAGUCCGAAGUGUAAAAACUCUAACAUUGGACCAACUUUUCCAGGGCCCCAGUCAAUGCUCAUGUAAAAAAAAAAAAAACCUCAAGGCAUUUUAAUCCACUCUUUACAGUUUUCAUAUAGAGCCUUAUUGUUUUCACUGCGCUGUCCUCUGCUCUUAUUUAUUAUUUGUGCACACUGCUUUUCGUCCGUUUUCUGUUCAAAAAUAAUGCGCUGGGUUGUUCCUUUUUUCCUCCUUCUAAUAUCUGUGUUUGUUCUGUUUGCUUUUACAACACUGGUUCCACUGAGUGCGAAGGAACCGAAGAGUUUUCUGCCUUUUCUCUUUCCUAUGUCAUUUAGUCCAAGCUCAAGU